UUCAUUUGUGGUUUGGCCAGUCUGGUUCAUUUGCUGGAGGCGGAGAUAGAGUUUGCAUCAAGAAAUAAACCUUAUUUCAUCACUGUCUCUUAAUAAAAUGCAGCAAAUUUCACUUCUGAUGGUCCAAAUCUCUUCUUCCUUCAAGGUUUUGAAAGAAUUGUUUCAAGUAUUCGCGGUUCCCUGAAUCAUUUUGGAUCUCCGAAGAUGAUGAAAGAGGUGAAGGAGGCUUUUCUUUUUGUAUUUUCAUAUCAUUUCUGGCGCAUGGGUCUUUGGAGCAUCGCUCUCGUUUAUUCCUACUUGCAAUUGCAUAAAGCAAGGAUCUUUGGCUCAAUAUAUAAAGCAAGGCUCUUUGGCUCAAAAUAUACUCCAAUUUCUGGCUCCAUCGAUCCAAAGAUUCGGUCUUCGAGACCCAUUUGUGUUAUCACUGGUGCUACCUCUGGGCUUGGUAAGGCCACUGCAUUUGUUCUUGCAGAGAAGGGUUUCCACGUUAUUCUUGUUGGUCGGUCCUCUCAGCUUCUUUCAGAGACAUUGGAGGAAAUCAAGAGCAAGAACAAAGAUGCCCAACUCAAAUCUUUCCAAGUUGACAUGUCCUCUUUUGAAUCAAUCUUCAAGUUUAAAAGCUCUCUAGAGCAAUGGCUUUCGGAUGCAGAGUUACAUCCUUCGAUUCAGAUUUUAGUGAACAAUGCUGGAAUAAUGGCAAUUUCUAGUCGACCAACCACGGAAGGUUAUGACAGGAUGAUUGCUACAAACUAUGUUGGCCCAUUCUGUUUGACCAAACUUCUUCUGCCACUCCUGAAAAACAGCUCUGUGCCCUCACGGGUCGUGAACGUUACGUCUUUCACACAUCGUUAUGCUUCUAUAGGGAAGUUUGACAAGGAUUCUGUAAGUGGAGUACAUACUUCGACAUUAAACAAAUAUCCAUAUGCUCGGGCCUACGAGUAUUCUAAAUUAUGCCUUCUACUUUUCUCAUAUGAAUUGCAUAGACAGCUUCGCCUCACAGACGAUUCACACCAUGUCUCUGUUAUAGCUGCAGAUCCCGGAUUUGCGAAAACGAAGAUAAUGCGCGAGUAUCCUACAUACAUAACUGCCAUGGCGUUUCUUGGUUUCAAAACACUUGGCCUCCUCCAAACCCCCGAGGAAGGAGCUGAAUCUAUCGUCGAUGCAGCUUUAGCUCCACCUGAAAUAUCAGGUGCUUACUACUUUGGAGGGAAAGGAAGGACCAUUGAAUCAUCAAAAGUUUCUAGAGAUCUUAAACUUGGUCAACAACUUUGGGAAACUUCUUGUGAUUUGCUCAAUGAGUUGCAGCAUCUUCAUCACAACAACUAAUCAAAGACUCGCUUGAAGAUCUUUAUCUAAUUUUAUUUGCUUGCAUUAUCUCUGUUGUUGUUUAUUUGUAUAGUGUAAACAAGUAACACAAACGGCACUAUAUGCAAACGCAUUUCACU